AUGGUAUCUGAUAAAGAAACUAAUUUAUACAAACUAGUUCAUCUAUCACCGAACCGAGUAGGAAAAUCUGAAAAUCAACAAACAUCAAUUACUGCUACACAUAAUCGUCCAAAAUCUGUUAUUGAGAAAAAAGUUACUAGAACUGAAGAUAAAACUAUGGGUUGUUGUUGCUUGACUAAAAGUAAAAGCAAAAUACAUCACAAUACAACGAACCAUGUGAAUAUCCUACCAACAUCGACGAAAUACAGAAAAUUUGAAAUGAAUAUUUCAUCUAAGCUUAAUGAUGAAACCACUAUCAAUAUUCCUAUGCUUAAUAAUACACAUAUAAAAAAUAUAUUAACAGCUUCAUCGCAAAAUAUUCAAACACCUGUGAAAUCAAUUGAACACAUUGAAAUGAAAGAUCCGACAUCAAAUAAGACUGAAAUAAAUAUACAUGAUCAAUCUGUUAUACUUAAUUCAUCAAUAAUAGAUCAUAAUUGUCAUAAUACUGAAUCUUCAAUAGAUCUACAAAAUAUAUUUAUGGAGUCAAAUGAAAAUAAAUCAUUACUUCCAUUACAUUCACGAUAUCUCGUCUCAUUCGAAUUUGCUAAUCGAGAAGAACAUUUAGUUGAAGUUGCUGAACUUAAACGUUCAUUUUAUCGAGUUUCACGUAUGGAUACAUAUAAAAAAGUACGUGAACGUUUAACUAUAAUGAAUUUAAUUGACAUUGAUUUAACGACUUUAUUACGGGCUAUUUUACAAUCUUUUCCAUAG